AUGGAUGUUUCACAAAUCAAUCAUGUGGUCAGUGAGACUGCAAAACACUAUUCUCGUAGUAUGUCAGUGAAUGAUUUGAAUCAUAUUUCUGGAUCGUUGGCGACUCAGAGCGAUGAGCAAAUUUUGGCAUCGGGAGCAUUCAAGAGAUUCUUUGCCUUGCCAAUCCCAGCCGAUCCAAAAGUUCGUCAUUUCUCAUUGUUUGUAGACCAAGAUCUCGAAACCUCCGAUCGUCUCAUCAAACAAAUGUACAAGCUGACUACUCUCAGAGAACUCUUACUCCUCUCCAUCGAGAAAAUCAGCCUACCAAACAACCAUCCACUCAUGGUUAAAUACUCGUUGGCCGUUGCCAUCAACCAUUCUCCACACUUCCAAGUCCUCAAAUCUCAAGUUCCACAAGCACUAGUAAUCGCACCAUCCCAUGUAUUCGUCGAUAAAAAUAUUCCAAAACGUUGGAGAAAUCCUGAUGCAUUGUUAAAAUGGUGGCGUGAAGAUCCAAUGUUAAAUUCUCAUCAUUGGAAUUGGCAUACUGCAUAUCCAUCGUUUGGUGUAUCAUUGGAUGGUGUUACUCCAGCCAAGUUGAAGGAUCGUCAGGGUGAGUUGUUUGUAUUUAUGCAUCGUCAGAUGGUUGCACGUUACGACUGUGAGAGAACCGCACUUGGAUUGCAGCCAAUCGAUCAGUUCGGAUCAAACUCCUAUCGUGAGUCACUCGGAGACGCCUUCGAUCCGUUGAUCUCCAUGUUUGUACCACGUCCAGCCGAUUCCAAGAUGCGUGACAACGUCUCUGGAACACCACCAUUCGACUCGAUCUCGAUUGUCGACUUGGAGAUCUGGCGUGAGAGAUUGUUCGAAGCAAUCCAGAAUCGUUCAUUCAAAAAGUCAGUCACUCAGCAAGACGGAACCGUCACAACCACUGAAAUCCCUAUGACUAUUGCCGACCUAGGAUCUUCGCUUGAAGCGACAAUGGGUAGUCCAAACAAAUCGUACUACGGUAACUUGAAUAAACAGGCUCACAACUUGAUGUCACGUGUAUUCGAUCCACAGGGAGAGGAACAAACUUCCAUUGGUAUCAUGGGAGACAUCAUCGGUGCAUUCCGUGAUCCAAUGUUCUGGAGAUGGCAUAAGCAUUUGGAUGAGUUUUUCCAUCGUUUCGAACUCACCCUCCAGCCAUACAAUAUCGUCGACUACGCACCGGCCAACAUUAGAAUCGCCAAUGCCGUUGUCCGUCCUGUCUAUACCACCGCGCCUUUCAUUGACCGCGAGACAGGACUGGUCGAUAUCCAGCUGAAACAAGCAGCUACACCGUUGCCAGAGAACAAUUUGUACACCUACAUGAAAACUCAGAUCAUUGCCAUUAAAACCGACGGUUCCGUCGUCAACGCGCCACGCUCACACGACGGUGAAUCCAUCCUCAACUGCUACGAAACCAACAGACUCUACUACGUGCCAUUCAACUAUGAAAUCUCAGUGCUGAACGAUGACGCCAAGUAUAAGAAGGUGGUCGUUCGUGUGUAUAUUGUCGCCAGCGACGACUAUGGAGACCGUCGUAAGUGGAUCUCGCUCGACCAGUUCUUCACUGCGCUACCCGAAGGUCAGAAAGAGUACACCAUCACCAGAUCAUCGAGUGAAUCGACCAUUCUCCAACAGGCAGCAACCGAAGAAUGGCCAGGCAACUGGGAGUGUCUGGAAAACGUGCCGGCGCCAUCCACCGAGACCUACUGCAAAUGUGGAUUGCCACGUAAUCUACUGCUUCCACGUGGCACCAAAGAGGGUAUGCCUUUCAAGAUCGCCGUCAUUGUUACCGAUGCCAAAUUCGAUACUAUCGUCUAUUGGUGA